AUGAUGACGUCAAGUUGGAGACCGAGAUGGAUCUGCAGGUUGUGGUUACGACGUUCUCCGACAUUUCCGAGGACGAGCGAAGAGCCCAAAGAUGGCGACGUGGCCCAGGUUGAGGCGUUGCUGCAGAUUCCCCUGGAUCCGGAUGCAGCAAGCGACGGCUAUGGCACUACACCACUGAUGCGGGCAGCAACCUGGGGCAACGUUGAUGUCGCGGGUUUGCUACUGGAGGCCGAUGCGCAGGUAAGUUUGCGCAGCGACACGGACUACACGGCCUUGACGCUGGCGGCACGCGAGGGUCAUCCUGAAGUGGUGCAGUUGCUUCUGGCAGCCGGCUCCGAGAAAGAACUCAUCGACGAGUACGGCCUUUCAGCACUGAUGUAUGCAGGGCGCCAUGGUCAGGCGGAAGUUGCGGAAGUGCUUUUGGAGGCCGGUGCUCAGGUGGACUUGUGCAACAAGGACGGCUGGACAUCACUGAUGUUUGCGGCGCGCUGUGGUCAUGCCAGAGUGGUCGGCCUGCUUCUCGCUGCCAAUUCUAAAUGGGAUUCGGUGGACAAAGACGGCCGUACAGCGCUGAUGAUGGUCAGUGAUGGGAGAGAAUUGGAGGUUCGGAAUGAGGUUCGGCUAUUGCUGCUAGAGGCUGCUUGGGCGUGA